GCUGUUCAAUGUAAACAUGUGCGACGCCACGGAUAAACCAAUUUCGGAUGAAACCACUUUAGAGGACACCGACGUUAAGCGACCAAAAUUUGGUAAUCGUUUUUUAACUAAAGAAGAUGAUGUCUUUACACACAAUGCUUGGGAUAAUGUUGAAUGGGACGAGGAACAGGAGCAGCAAGCCUUACAGGCGGUAGCUAAAAAUUCCACCGUUAAAAUGCCCGAAACAGAUAAAGUGAAAUUUAAAAGUGAAGCCGAUAAAUUUUGGGAUUCAUUUUAUGGUGUACACCAAAAUAGAUUUUUCAAAGAUCGCCAUUGGCUAUUUACAGAAUUCCCCGAGCUGGCUCCAAAACAAGAUACAUCCGAACCUAGAAGUAUAUUUGAGCUGGGCUGUGGUGUGGGCAAUACCAUAUUGCCAAUUUUGAAAUAUAGUCAAGAACCCGAACUAAAAGUAUAUGGCUGUGAUUUUUCCGCCACAGCUAUAGAUAUCUUUAAAGCUGAUCCUCUCUUCGAUGCCAAACGCUGUGAGGUCUUUGUUAUGGAUGCUACUUUGGAUGAAUGGCAGGUGCCCUUUGAGUUGGAAUCACAAAAUAUAAUUGUUUUGAUUUUUGUUUUAUCGGCCAUAGAGCCGCAAAAAAUGCAACGUAUAGCGGAAAAUUGUUAUCGCUAUUUAAAGCCCGGCGGUCUGUUGCUAUUUCGUGAUUAUGGUCGUUAUGAUUUGGCUCAGUUACGCUUUAAAAGUGGCAAAUGUUUAGAGGAUAAUCUAUAUGUACGUGGUGACGGUACUAUGGUGUAUUUCUUCACUCAGGAAGAAGUGCGGAAUUUGUUUACAAAAGCCGGUUUUGUAGAGGAACAAAAUGUUAUUGACAGACGUUUGCAGGUAAAUCGAGGGCGUAUGCUAAAAAUGUAUCGAGUGUGGAUACAAACAAAAUAUAGAAAACCGUUGGCAGAAAAUAAAUAAGAUUUUGUAAAGUUAUCAAAGAAAAAAAUAUAAAAUUUCCUCAAAUAUAUGAAAUAAAUUAUGACAAUUUAUAUAUUGGCU